CCUUCCUCUCCUCUCCAUGCUGGGGGGAAUACAUGUCUAAUUGUGCUGCCAAAAAAAACUGCUUAUUAACAUUACCGGUUUAAUUUUUCUCUAAAACAAACUUUUAUCUUUUUCUGAGAACUCACUCCUAAUGACAGUUUGCACUGCAGAGUGAGGAAGCAUCAAGUAAAACAGAGCAGAGACAAGCUACCCAAGGUCCAGCUGAAAAGAAUGAGCAGCCUCUGCUAUGUCCGGUGUGUAAGGAACCUGUGGGCUCUAGUACAAGCAUCUCGGUUUCCUAAAGUGACAGUCCUGUACAGAGCUGUGUGCCAGCUGCAACACGUAAAGGUGAUGGCAGAGGACAAACCAUGGGCUCUCAUCUCACAGGUGGGCGAGCAGGGCUUCAUCGAAGAGGUCACUGAUAUAUUAAAACAACACUUCCACAUCAUCUGCCUCAGAGACUUUCUACAAAAUUCCCAGCUGCACGGCCCGAAGAUCCAGGCCAUACUGAUAUGGAACACCUGCCCUGCAGCUGAGCCUUCGCUGCUCAGCUCGCUUCCAUCACUGAAAGUGGUUGCCAAUGGAGGAGUGGGCAUCGACCACCUGGACGUGCCAUACAUCAACAGUCUCGACGUGAAGGUGACCAACACGCCAGGCGUGGUGAGCAAUGCGACUGCAGAUAUGGCCAUGGGCCUGAUGCUGGCAUCUGCACGGAAGAUAGUUGAGGGUCACAGCAUAGCCGUUGACUCCAAGGUCAUCGAUAUACCACAAAGCCUGAUGGGAGUUGAAGUCACGGGGUCGACCCUGGGAAUCAUCGGAAUGGGACAUAUUGGAUACAAAAUUGCUCAGAGAAGCAAAGGGUUUGACAUGAAGAUCCUGUAUCACAACAGAAACAGAAGGAGCAUUGAAGAUGAGCAGUCAGUGGGGGCAAGUUACUGUGAGAACAUGGAUGACCUGCUGAGGGAGUCCGACUUUGUAGUGCUGGUCGUCAACCUUACUCCUGAAACCAAAGGCCUAAUCGGCCACAGGGAGCUGUCCCUCAUGAAACCCACUGCAACUCUGGUCAACGUCAGCAGAGGUCUGGUUGUGGACCAGGAUGCUUUAGUCAAAGCUCUGCAGUCUGGAACACUUCGAGCAGCAGCUUUAGAUGUGACUCAUCCUGAACCUUUACCCAGGGAUCACCCUCUCCUCAGCCUCCCUAAUGUGCUCAUCACGCCCCACAUUGGCACAUACACCUAUGCUACAACAAGACGGAUGGUACAGUGCAUGGUGGAUAAUGCCGUGGCAGCUGUGAAAGGCCUCCCUGUCCCCAAUGAAGUCAAGCUUAAAUGAUUUUAAGUGAUGGCAAAUUGUGUUUUUACUGUUAAGUGUUGAAUUAUUUUUCCCAUUUUCUUUCCCUCCUAAAAGAAAUGUGUCACUGAGGACACUUGAAACUUUGCCUUCAAAAUGACUCCUCGGAUCAAAAAUAUCAUCAUUAUAUCAGUUUCUCAUGGCUAAUAAAUGACAGUACCUUGUUGGACAACAAAUUGACCACUUUUGCAGAUUAUCUACUUUUUGGGAAUAAUAAAACAGGCACAGUAUUCCUGCUAUAGGUUGAACUUAAGCCAUGUUUCCAUAAGUCACUACUCAGUGCGGGUCGACUUGACUCGGAACAACUUGCUACAGUCGUGUUGUGUUUCCAUUGCAAUUGAGGACCACCUCAGUGUGGGUAGAGUCGAUAUAGCAGUGCAGGCAGUAGUGUCUUGACGUAAUUUGUGUGUGGCUGAAAACACAACAUAACAAUGGAUGA